AUGGCCCGCACGAAGCAGACGGCCAGGAAGUCCACCGGCGGCAAGGCGCCGCGGAAGCAGCUGGCGACCAAGGCGGCGCGCAAGUCCGCCCCGGCCACCGGCGGCGUCAAGAAGCCCCACCGUUUCAGGCCGGGCACCGUCGCGCUCCGCGAGAUCCGCAAGUACCAGAAGAGCACGGAGCUGCUCAUCCGCAAGCUCCCCUUCCAGCGCCUCGUGCGGGAGAUCGCGCAGGACUUCAAGACCGACCUCCGCUUCCAGAGCUCCGCCGUCUCCGCGCUCCAGGAGGCCGCCGAGGCCUACCUCGUCGGCCUCUUCGAGGACACCAACCUCUGCGCCAUCCACGCCAAGCCCAUGUCGGGGCGCGGCAAGGGAGGCAAGGGGCUGGGCAAGGGCGGCGCCAAGCGCCACCGGAAGGUGCUGCGCGACAACAUCCAGGGCAUCACCAAGCCGGCCAUCCGCCGCCUCGCUCGCCGUGGUGGCGUGAAGCGCAUCUCCGGGCUCAUCUACGAGGAGACCCGCGGCGUCCUCAAGAUCUUCCUCGAGAACGUCAUCCGCGACGCCGUCACCUACACCGAGCACGCGCGCCGCAAGACCGUCACCGCCAUGGACGUCGUCUACGCGCUCAAGCGCCAGGGACGCACCCUCUACGGCUUCGGCGGCUAA